AUGGCUUUAACUCAAUGGGCAUUCAGUACAGACAUCAACGAUGAAAACGAGAAACGAGUCGUCGAAGAGACGGCAAAGUCAAACAUAUUCCAGAAGGAGCUCUGGAGAAAUGCCACUCAAUUUGAUUUCAAAAACUUUGCCGAUUAUAGCGUCAGACGACAGUUUGAAAAGCUAUCGGUUUUAGGUAUCGCCGCUUUAGAAGAAUCAGAAUCCAAACGAUUCACAAAUGUCUCGACUGAGAUGGAGAAAAACUAUGGAAGCGCUACGGCGUGUGUUAAAGGCAAAUGUAAUCUAGAAUUAGAACCAGACCUGACCAAUAUAAUGGCUAAAUCCAGAGAUUAUGAGGAAUUGAAGGAGGCGUGGAUUAACUGGAGGGCCAGUGCGGGCAAACCAGUCCGAGAAUUAUACAAAGAAUACGUG